AGGAAGUUGGAGUCGCUUGGAGCGCACAUCCGGCAGAAAGAUGGCUGCCACUAAGCGACAGUGACACUUUGUUGUUAUUAACCUGGGCAGGAACUUUUUUGUUAAGUAAACGAUAAUAACGCUGUUCCAAAGAGUUCUAAGGCGCCGUGGCGUCUUGUCCUAGAAAGCGGGAAGACAUUGGUAGACAUCGAGUCUUGAUUAACGUCCAGCCUUCUCAGAACACACAAUGGCUGCCCCAGUCAAUGCUCAGAACCCCAGCAAGACCUGGGAGCUGAGCCUUUAUGAGCUGCACAGAACCCCGCAGGAGGCGAUAAUGGACGGCACGGAGAUCGCUGUGUCCCCCCGCAGCCUCCACAGCGAACUGAUGUGUCCGAUCUGCCUGGACAUGCUGAAAAACACCAUGACGACCAAAGAGUGCCUGCACCGGUUCUGCUCCGAGUGCAUCGUCACGGCGCUCCGAUCGGGGAACAAGGAGUGCCCCACCUGCCGGAAGAAGCUGGUGUCCAAACGCUCCCUGCGGCCGGACCCCAAUUUCGACGCGCUCAUCUCGAAGAUAUACCCGAGCAGGGACGAGUACGAGGCUCACCAGGACCGGGUCCUGGAGCGCCUGAGCCGGCUGCACAACAAGCAGGCCCUGAGCUCCAGCAUUGAGGAGGGCCUGAAGAUACAGGCGCUGGUCAGACCGCAGAGGGUGCGCAAACCGCAGCAGGAGAGCGACAACACUACCUUCAGCGGCGGGGAGGACAACUGCGACGCACGCUCCCACCUGUCCCAGGACUCGGCCCCGCCCCUCCUCCACCCGGGACCCCUGGCCGAGGCCGAGGGCGGGGCCGGGCCCAGCCGCAGCAAGCGGGCAAAGGUUUCGGACGAGUCCUGCCCCGAGGUGGACCGGGGAAGCCCCACGCCCUCCCUGCCCCCACACCACCAGGAGGGGCCCGGCUCGGAGAUCGAGCUGGUGUUCCGCCCACACCCCCUGCUGGUCAACAUGCAGGACUACAGUCAGACCAGGUACGUGAAGACGACGGCCAACGCCACGGUGGACCACCUGUCCAAGUACCUGGCCCUCCGCAUAGCCCUGGAGGAGCGGCAGGCGGACGGACAGACAGGAGGGGAGGCGGGGGACGACAGAGGAGGAGGAGGAGGAGGUGGUGGAGGAGCAGUGAGCCUGCGGAACGUCAGCGAGAAGCAGUACACCAUCUACAUCACUACGUCAGGCGGGCAGUUCUCGACUCUCAAUGGCUCUCUAACCCUGGAGCUGGUCAAUGAGAAGUACUGGAAGCUCUGCAAGCCCCUGGAGCUCUACUACGCCCCCACCAAGGAACCGCUACAGCAGUGAGGGGGUGGGGGGGGUGAGGGUGG